CAAGAAAAAAGUUCCCGUAUACUAAGAAAAUUUUAGAAAGAUUGCAAUUUCUUCGAGACAAUCGGCCAUGGUGCUAUUACCGGCCCUGAACAAUAAGGAACCUUAUUUAUCACAUUAAAAAAUAUAAGCGCAAACAUGCUUGGGUUUCAGUUAUAUAGGACCAAGCUACAUUAAUUUAACUAUCAUUGCUAAUAAACUAUAUUUAUAAUAAUCGUAAUGCACAUGCAUGCGUUGAUUUCAGUCAUAUUUUACCUCUUAAUGCACAUGCUUGCUGGUCUAUUCACUCUCUCUCCUCUUUAUAGUACUUGUUUUGUUUCAGUUAUGUUGUGUCCACUGAAUGCUUUUGACUCCUAAGGUGAAGAGAUUCCUCAGAUCUUCAAUUUCAACAUAGAAAAGCCAGGAAUGGAUCAAGAUGUGUUGGAAGAAGUAACAAUCUUAGAAGAACCAGUUAUAGCUGAUUUUCAAAGACUCAUGGAACUUACAGAUUAUACAGAUCAAGGGUCAUCUCAGUUAGCCUGUCUCAUGAAACAUUGGGAGUAUAAGCAAGAAAACGCAGUUCGUCUUCUUCGAGAAGAGCUCGACAACCUUAGCAAACAAAGGGAGGAAGUUGAGUUUAAAAAGGAGGAAAGUUCCGGCGGAGACAAUUGUCUGGUUUCGAUAUUGGAUGAUGUUGUUCAAAACAAGACAGUUGAAAUUGAGGCUGAGUAUGAAACUGAAGGUUACUGGAAGCAUCGGGCGAUCGAUUUGGAAAGACAGUUAGAGGCAAGUAUUCGGAGAGAAGAGAUAUUAAAGGAAAUGUUGCAAGAAAGUGUAGAGAAUAUGAAGAGACAGUCCUCACCCGUGGAGGCAGUCUCACAGAUUCUUAAGAGACAAGAAACUUUCUUACAUUUUAUACUUCAAAAUGCACCUCUUGUUAUUGGCCAUCAGGACAAAGAGUUGCGCUAUCGUUUUCUCUGUAAUCAUUUUCCAGGUUUAAAAGAAGAGGACAUCAUCGGGAAAACGGAGGAAGAAAUUUUUUCGGGAUCAGGUGUGAAGGAAUCUGAAGAUUUUAAGAGACAAGUAAUGGAGAAAGGAUUUCCUGCAAAAAGGGAAAUAACUUAUGAGACAGAACUAUUUGGAUCAAAGACAUUUUUGAUCUAUGUAGAACCUGUGUUUAGCAAGGCAGGAGAAACAAUUGGAGUAAACUAUAUUGGAAUGGAAGUAACAGAUCAGGUGAUAAAAAGAGAAAAAAUGGCAAAGCUAAGGGAAGAAAUUGUAGUUCAGAAAGCAAUGGAAACAGAACUUAAUAAAACCAUUCACAUCACAGAGGAGACAAUGAGAGAAAAACAAUUGUUGGCAACAAUGUCUCAUGAGAUAAGAUCACCACUUUCUAGUGUUGUUGGCAUGGCUAAAAUUCUCUCUACAACAAAACUUGAUAGGGAGCAAAGACAGCUAUUGGAUGCAAUGAUAUCUUCAGGAGAUUUGGUUCUUCAACUUAUUAAUGAUUUACCUGAUGUUUCCAAGGUUGAUCUAGGUUAGAAAUCUCCUAUAACAUUUCUUGUUAUCAACUUAUUCUAAUACUGCUUUUAAUGAAACUUUGAUUUGUAUAUAUUUUAAGAUUAAGCUCUCUAAAUGAUUUCAACAGGUUUUUUUUA